UAAUCAAAAUAGUUACCCUAACCCUGAAAAUUAACGUUCAACAACAACAACAUUCAUCGCACUUCAUUUCAUUUCAAUUCAUUUCAUCACUUGUAAACAAAACCCACGUCAUUCUGAUCUCUGGUCAAAGAUGCGUCGUCCAGCUACUCGACGGACCGCUUCCGUUGAGCCUACUAGUGAAAUCGUCACAAGACAAACGCGACGUAGCGCUAGACGUCCCGAGGCCUCUAUAGAACCCACAUCUAAGCCCGAGACUCAGUUCCCCCAGCGUGGCACACGUCGCUCACGUCGUAGGAGUCUUGAGAGCGUUGCUACAAAUGACUUCACCAAAGACUCCCCAGAAAAUGCGAGCCCCGGCCCAGAAGACAGAGGCUUAAGUCCAGUAGUUGAGCCCCCACUGUCUCACCCUAGUCCAAUCUCUGAAAGCGAAGAUGGACAUGCAUUACCAGAGAUAGAUCCCGCUAGAAUCCAGGACCUGCUUGACUUUGACAUACCAAAGUUGAUGCGUUGGUCCGGUAAGAUGUAUGACAUCUUAUCGUCGAUUGGCGAUGACCAGCUAGCCACGAUUGAUCAGUCGGGAUUCCCUAGCACUGCAAAAGCUUACAAUGCAGCUCGGCGUGCUUUGACUGAAGAUAACGCUCUUUUCAUCACGCCUAUCAGCUUACCUGAAGACUACGAUCCUGAAGUGCAAGCCAAGAUUCAAGUAGCGACUUGCUCCGGAAAUCUCAUCACACUCCUUGCAUCCAUGGUCGAGAUAAUGUCUGGGGGGAAGGGCCCACCUUCAUUCUUCGAACAAUUAGACGGUGUCUUCCCGGCUUCCUUCAUUGCGGAAACCCAGACAGACAGGGAAGAUAUUGAUACGAGACUGGAACUAGCAUUCUAUAUUCGGUGUCGACACUUCAUGGAAGCACUGGAAGCGGAUUAUUCUGCCAAGCCAUUGAUGCUAGCUUCUAAGAUAUUCGGCCGCAAAUCCGCCCAUCAAGCAAAAAACCCACGGGAGGUUCUCCAAAACGGACCACUCAAGCGCCUGGCUGGCAUCAAUGUCGAAAACGAUGUCUCCUACACCACCUUUCAAGCUGUGAUGCAGAAGCUUGUUUCAAAGCUUUCCUCCAACGAUAGAGUUGAGGUACUAUCAUCCUUAGAUCAGAAAUACUCUCUGGCUCAACUCUAUGAGGAUCUCAAGCCAUGGGCUUUAGAGACGUAUAGGCAGCUUGGUAAACCAAAAGAUCAGCCUAUCCACGAAACGCAGGAGACGGAUGCUCGCGCAAAUCGUGCGCAGUCAGAAUCUCUAUUUGUUAACACUAAUAAUGAGGAGGAAAGCGACUCAGACUCUGCAUCAGAUGCUGAUGAAGAAGAAUAUAUCCAACUCGCACCACAGGAAGCCAAUCAAAGUUUUAUCGAUAAUCCCAACACCUUAGCAGCCGUGAUACAGAGUGAGAAGACUAUCGGGGGGCGUACAACGACAGGAGCAUCCUCCAGCCAAACAGCUGCGAAAGGAAAGGAGAAGGCAAUAGAUACAAUAAAUGCAAUCCGAAGCCUCGAGCCAGAAUUAGUCCUGAGUGGUACAAGGAAACGCCAACGUCCCGAUGAGUCUAGUGCCGAUGAAGAUGAGGACGACGACUUCGAAGUUCACGAGCAGCUACUCAAUGAUUUUAAGCAGACGCGCCGAGGGGGUUCGACAACUAAGAGGCCAUUGCCAAAACGCCCCAGGUUCUCAAGGCAACAGCAAACUGGUAGUUCACAGCCGUCAUCACCGCCAGUUGCUAGCAAUCGGGAAACUAUCGGUAGACAAUCAGUAGGAAAUUUGCCAGAGGAUCCCAACUUGCAAGAACAGGAUAUAUUGGUACUCAGUCAAGUAGCGCGGAGGAAUAGACGGGCAAACCAAGCAAACAAGCAGCCGCAAAUUCGCACACCGUGGUCCGCAGUCGAUACUUCACGACUGGUAGACCUAAUAGCCGAUCCUGACCUGUGUUGUUCUUGGAGCAAGAUGGAGAAAGCCAAUGUAUUUGAGGUUCGACGAAGUCAGCAGCAAAUACGUGACAAGGCUCGCGGUCUCAAAGUUUGGUACCUGGAGGGUGAUCGUAUCUUGCCGGCGGGCUUCGAUCAAGUCGCGCUAGGUCAAAAAGAGAAGGAGGCUGUCAUUAGAUGCGGCAAAAACCCCGGCCGAUUAGAAGACGACCUAGAUGAAGAUGGGCACGUUAUUAAUAACGUAUGGGAUGGCUAAGAUUAUCGCAAGGAAAGGAAGAUGGUUAAUGUGAAGACUGGGUACAUAUAGUACUAAGUUGAAUGCUUCUUAGCUACUUGGUACGUUCCCGGUUUACAAUUGUGUAAGGACUCAGGAGCCUGGAGGCGUUUCGGAGAAUAGAUACCCACAAGUGCUUCAGUUUCAGAUCCAAAAUAAAUAUUGAGACUUUUAUGAUAUCAAAUUGAAUGUAUUCUUCGUGUCCGGCGUGUCUGGCGUGUCUCGACUCUCUCUCUCUCUCUCUCUCUCUGUACUUCGUGUUACCACCGUUGUAACCAUUGUAACUGAACCUACUUAGUACUUGCAGAAUAACUAACACUUCUAGGCUGUAUGGAUAAAGGCAGGUUGUGUGUACAUUGAUGUGCAUGCGUUGCUAUAGUAUGUAGUGUUUACAUCAAGUCUACAAGCUGCAAAGGGUUCAUAUCUGUGGUGCGGCACGGACUUAAACAUAACAUGUAGGAAAUCCGAGGGCCACAUCCUGCAUAUAUCAUGUACGUUCAGACAUUAUGUAUACAUG